CGCUUCUGGACGCAUCGUGGAUCGCAUAAAUAAUAAGUAAUAAUAUUAGGUGUACAUAAUUGGUUGCCAAUACCUAUAUAUCUAUCUGCAGUUGAUUGAAGCCUAGCGCAAAAAGUAACACAACUUCAAGAUGGAGGACCCGUGGAGAUGGAAUUUAAGCAUCGCUCUGUUGAAACAAGUCAACCCUGGUGCAUUUAACACCACUUCAUUAAGAAACAUCUUGCAUGCGGCAUCAGUGGCAGAAGUAAAGGUGCUAUUCCCGCUUAUCCAACUGAUGCAAAUGGCUGUUGUCAGUCUCUACACGACAGAUGCAUCGAUGUACCCUCCACAUGCUUCUGUUUAUGAUGGUCAAUCGUUUGACUUCAUAAUAGUAGGAGCGGGGUCUGCAGGGUGCGUGAUGGCGAACAGACUGACUGAGAUAGCCAACUGGAAUGUGCUGCUCAUUGAGGCUGGAGACGACCCGCCGGGAGCUUCUAUCAUACCAGGAUUAUCAGUAUUGGUAUCACCAGCUCUACCCGACUGGAACUAUUUCACGGUCGACGAUGGCUUCUCCAGUCAAGCGCUUAAGACCAAGAGCAUCCAAAACCGCAGAGGGAAGAUGCUUGGAGGUUCCAGCGGGGUCAACUUCAUGUUCUACGUCAGAGGAAACAAGAAGGACUAUGAACACUGGGUCCAAGAGGGCAACAUAGGCUGGGAUUGGGAAAACGUCACCACAUACUUCAAGAAAAGCGAAAAACUAAAAGACCAGCACAUAAUGAGUAGUAAAUCCGCUGACUUACACAGCACCAAAGGAUAUUUAAGAGUCACACAACCGAAUUGGGACCAGGAAACAGGCGUAUACUUCAAGGCAUUCAGCGAAAAUGGUCAUUUACUUCAUUUGGACAGCAACGGAUAUGAACAAUUGGGAUACUCUCCCUCUAGUUUCACUGCUGACGAUAUUCGCCAAAACACUGCUAACGCCUUUCUAAGUCCUAUAAAAAACCGAAAAAAUCUCCACGUUCUCAAAAAUACAUCGGUCAGAAAAGUUUUAUUCGACAAGACUAAAAGAUCAAUAGGUGUUGAAGUGAAACUACCUGAGGGAGAAAUAAUAAACUUAUAUACAAGAAAUGAAAUAAUCCUAUCUGCAGGAGCAAUAAACAGUCCUCAGUUACUGAUGCUAUCCGGAAUCGGACCCAAAGACCAUUUAAACGAAAUGAACAUAGAUUUAGUUUUAGACUCACCAAACGUUGGCAAAAACAUGCAAGACCAUCCAUUAGUUCCCGUAGCCCUGACUGUAAAAAGAAAGAUUUCUUCAAUUUUGGAUAACAUAGAGCCUUUAAAAAAUCUGGAUCGUUUUCCAAUACCAUCAAUUUUGGGCUUUGUUGCUUUGAACAAGUCUCAAGGCUACCCUGAUUAUCAGGUCACUGCAGUACCGACUCCCACUGCUGCAUUACUUCCACCUUUACUAUGUUCUACAACAUUCACGUUAAAGGAUAGUUCGUGUAUAGCUUUAGCUGAUGCAACACAAAAAAGAGGAGCAUUAUUCGCUCUAGUAACACAUUUACACCCAAAAUCCAGAGGACAAAUCCGGCUUAAUAGCUCAGACCCUGAAGACAGUCCUCUUAUCUAUUCUGGAUAUUUUAGCCAUAGAGAUGACUUGGACAACUUUGCAAAGUACAUAGAAGAUUAUGUGAGCGUGGUAAAUACUUCAUAUUUUAGGAAAGUGAAAUCUGAAAUCAUUGAUUUUAAAGUCAGUCAGUGUGCUGACUUGGUUUUCGGAAGUCAUGAAUAUUGGAAGUGCUAUGUUCUGAACUUGUCGAGUACUCAAUACCAUGCUAUAGGCACUUGUGCAAUGGGGGUAGAAGGCAAAGGGGUGGUAGACGAACGGUUAAAAGUAAGGGGUGUGCGAGGUCUAAGGGUUGUAGAUGCUAGUGUAAUGCCAUCCAUCACCAGUGGUAAUAUAAACGCACCAGUGAUAAUGAUAGCUGAAAAAGCUGCAGAUAUGAUCAAGAUUGAUCAUGGAAUAUAUUUAUAACCGUAUAAGGCUAUUGUGAGUUUUAUAUCAGCGAAUGUCUCAGAAUCUUUUAUAAAGAUUUACGAAGACGGAAUACAAGUGAUAAUUAGUGAAGUGAAGAAUAAUAUAUUUUUGACAAC